UUUCAUUUUCAAGUGGCAACCCCUAUAUAACUAGGUGUGAAAUAUCCAAUUUUUGGCUCAGAUCUUCGGCUCGUCUCUUCUUGCAAAGUCGUCUAAGAACGUCAGUCGUCCAAAGAUGGCUACCACUAUCGCCCCGAUGGUUUAUACCAGCUCUAUCGCUCCUCCCGUCGUCUACGGUGUCACACAAGCCCCUUAUGCUGCUCCUGCUGGACCUGUUUAUGCUUCAGCUCCUGAAUCCGUCCGGUUGACGCCGAUGAUGGUGAUGCCCGAUAGUCUGCUGGUGGAAGAGAAUAUCGGCGAGUCUGGCCUGACGAAGUUGCUGAAGAAGGCGAUGAUUGCUCUUCCGUUGGCGAUAGUUCUACCGAUAGCGAUUCCUCUGAUCUUCGUCAUCAAGUAUCUGAUCAGUGGUGGAGCUUACGCCGGGAACAUCCCAUUUUUCGGUGCCGCGACGGAGGCGCCAAUCUUGCAGCAAACGACGCCAUUCUUCACGACUGGCAUGCCGACGACGACCGUCCCGCCGUACAAUGGACCACAAGGCUUUUACGCUGGUCCUGGAUCUGGAGGAUACGGUGGUGGACCGCAAAUUCCACAAAAUGAUCAAAAUUGGAGCCAACGUAAACGUCGUGAAGCAGAUGCUUCUUCUUCCGGGCUUCCGUCGAUGAGCCUGGCCCAAGUUGAGCGACUAACGAAAGUUGUUUUUGCCGCUAUGCGCUCUCAAGAAUGCAUCCAGCGUCUUCUGUGUGAAGUCGGUUCCAUGUCUAAAUCUUUCUCAGAUACUGCCCAUUCGGUGGCUGUGGCUGUCGAGUCUUUCGUUCCGGAAUCGAUCAAGGCGUCCUACGACGUGUUUGCAAAGGCGGAAAAUUGCGAGCAGUAUGUUUGCGGAUCACUUAAAGUCAAGAAAUGAAAUUUUUCUCGUUCCCAAUAUUUACCAAUUGUGCAUAUAAUGUAAACUAAAAACCCAAAUAAUAAAAGUUGUUUAUUU